GCUUGGAGAGCUUUCCAGUUGAGACCCGAAACAUGGGCGAAACGAGUUUGGAAUAUGGUGGGAAAUGAUGGCACUCCCAACGAGAAGAAGUUUUUAGGUAUAACUCCUCGCGAUAUAAGAAUUCCUGAUGAUCGAUAUGUAUGGUAUAUAGAUCGAAAAAUUCUAGCUAAAGAUGUACCUCAUAUCAUUAGAAUGGUCUAUAUGAUCAUUAUACUCCAUACAAUAUUACAUCGGCAAGGCUAUAGAAUCGUUGAAUAUUCAGGAUGGACUUAUAUGUUGAAGUGGUUAUCAAAUCCUGAAUAUUACUGUAUUGAUGAAUCCG